GUAGGAAGGAGAGAGAGGGAGAGGGAGAAGAGCAUCUCACGAUUAUUUUGUAAUUCUGUUGAAUGUGAAACUCUUUCCCUCUCCGAUUCCGUCGUCUCAGAUCGGAAUUCUCGAGGCUUAAUCAUGGUUCCGUGUUUAUCUGGAGAAGGUUUUUCGUUGGAGGAGUUCGACAUUGAUUUCGAAUUCGAUGCACCUCGUUUCUACGAUUUCUCCAGACCAGAGCUUGAUUCCGAGACAGAAGAAAUCGAGUUCUGGUUCGAAUCCGCGGGAAACUAUUCUCCUUCGCCUUUUAGCCCAAAGUUUAAUUGGAAACUUGAGCCACUUUCAGUUAAGCAAAUUACAAACACCAGCUCAAAAACUAAGCCUGUGGAUACCGGUCUUAAUCCAAAAGAUAAAUACAAUGGGUUCAUAUAUUAUAACCAAACGGUUAAAGAUGUGUCCAAGACAAAACCGAAAUCAAAAACCAAAUCAAGUAGUAGCUCAACUUUAACAAGACCUACGGUUUCUUUGCUUGCAAGGCAGAACAAACCAUUAGACGUUUACGCUGUUCAGCUUCUGACAAGAUGUCAGAGGUCAUUAGCAAAGUUUGGUGAUAACUUAUCUCCAAUCUUAGUCUCUAAGUUGCAAAACCAAGACACCAAAAGGGAAAACCUGGAAGCUAAGAUGGAUCAAAUUAACUCCAACAGAAGAUCUAAACUCACUGUUCCUAAGGAACCGAAACUCAGAACUGCAGAAAGAUCUGAAAGACACAGGUCUAAGGUUAACUCAGAAAUCAAGCAGAAUGCAAAAUCAAGGGUCACUUCACCUAAAAUAAACACUACCAACAAAAAUAUUAAUCAUGAACCUUCUUCAGCACCUCUGCCUAAAAGUAAUACUUUACGGUCUCAAGAUCUUAAGGCAUUUGGUUUAAGAACAUCACUGAGAGCAAAUGCUAAGAUUAAUGCCAUACAAGAGAAAGAAGCUACUAACUCCAGAACGCUAUUAAAAGGUAGGAGAGCCAAAGGAAAUCACAGCGGAAAGAUACACUGCCAAGUGUAUGAAUCUAAGAUUUUCCCUCUAGACUCAAAGAGACCAAGCAAAGAAGGACUCGGCGAAGCAACUAGCAUCAAAUAUGGAACUCAAAGCUCUUGCAUGACAGAUAUUAACAGGGGCCUGGAUUUAUGCGGCAAAUUUGAUUCACAGAAACUUGCAGGGAUCCUGAUCACUGCAUAGUCUUCACCUUGAAGAUGAUUGCUUUAUCUUCACCUUGAAGAUGUUCUUAUCAUGUUGAUUUAUACACACGCAUUCCUAUGUCUAUAUAUAUAGAAACGUGUAUGCUUGUUUUUGUUUAGAUAUAUGCAGAGAAAGAUAUUUCAUUGAUUUUUGUUGUUGUGUGGUCAUAUGUUAUGUAAGCUAUUAACUCAGAAGAUUAAAGACUUUAACUAA